AGUCUCCUUCAGUGAAAGUGUGGGGCACGCGCGUAUUUACAAAAUUUGGAGUCAUUCACUCAAGCACCACCCGAUUUCGGUCUUCAUCUCCAACUCCAAGCUUGCAAGUCAACCUUCCUUUACCACAAAAACAACCAAACCAUUUUGCAGUCGGUAAGGUUGAAAAAGUGAGAAAAAUAUGUCAGACGACAGAAACCCCGUCAUUGGCCUGCUGGGCGGUGGUCAACUCGGGCGCAUGCUGUGUGAGGCGGCCAAUCCACUCGGCAUCGACAUCGCCAUUCUCGACGAAGAGAACUCCCCCGCCAAGCAGGCGCACAAUACCAACCGCCAUGUCACCGGCUCGUUUAAGGACGCCGCUCGUAUUCGGGAGCUGGCUGCUCAAUCUGACUUUUUGUCGGUCGAGAUUGAACAUGUCGAGACCGAAGUGCUCGAAGAUAUCGAGAAGAACGGCGUCGGGGUGAAGCGGGCCGACGGUACCACCAAAAUUCACAAGCCCCCCGUCCACCCGUCAUGGAAAACGAUCCGUCUCAUCCAAGACAAGUACCUCCAGAAGGAGCACUUCCGUACGAGCGGCAAGGGCAUCCCUAUCGCCGAACAGGUGGCAAUCGAGUCUGGGCCAGCCGCUCUCGACUCGCUCAAGAACGCCGCCAACAAGUUUGGCCUCUCUUUCAUGCUUAAGGCACGGAAGGGCAGCUACGACGGGAGGGGCAACUUCAAGGUCGGCAGUGUGAAGGACUUUGAAGCUGCAAUCAAGGCACUUGGGGGGUUGAGCCUGUACGCCGAGAAAUGGGUCCCCUUUGUCAAGGAGUUGGCCGUCAUGGUCAUCAGGACGGAGGACGACAACGGCACGCUCAGGAGCUGUGUCGCGUACCCCGCUGUCGAGACAAUCCACGAGGACAGCAUCUGCACCAAGGUCUUUAUGCCGCCGAGGGACGUCUCGGAUGCUGUCUGUGAGGCUGCCAGGAAGUUGGCAACAGAGGUGAUCAGCACUCUCUGGGGCCGCGGUGUCUUUGCCGUGGAAAUGUUUGUUCUCGAAGAUGGCUCCCUGAUGGUUAACGAGGUUGCCCCUCGUCCUCACAACUCGGGCCAUUACACCAUCGAAGCAGUACCCCAAAUGUCGCAGUACAAGGCGCAAAUACAUGCCGUCCUUGACCUCCCCGUACCAAAGAAUCUAACACCCAGGGUUUCCUCCUCCAUCAUGCUCAACAUUCUCGGCGGCGCCACUCCCUCGGCCCAUCUCCCGCUCGCCGAGAUGGCCCGAAAGACCUUCGACGACGAUAUGGACAUCCACCUCCACCUCUACAACAAAGCCUCCAAACCCGGCCGUAAGAUCGGCCACAUCACCCUCACCAGCACCACGCUCUCCAUCCACGACCUCGAAACCAAAGCAAAACCCCUAAUCGACCUCGUCAACUUGAUCCGCCACGACCGCCUCACCGCGUCUGCCGAAACCCUCCGACCCGCAACCACCACCACCACGCAACCCACCCCAUCAACCGCCCCCACCCCCACCUCAGAACACCCCCUCGUCCUCAUCACCAUGGGCUCGGACUCGGACCUACCCGUGCUGAGCGCCGGGCUGGCAAUCCUACGCGAGUUCGGGGUGCCGUACGCGGUGGACAUCACGUCGGCGCACCGCACGGCGCGGUACAUGAUGGCGGUGGCCGAGGGGGCGGCGGCGCGCGGGGUGCGGGUCGUGAUCGCGGCGGCGGGCGGCGCGGCCCACCUGCCCGGCAUGCUCGCGUCCGAGACGCCGCUGCCGGUGAUCGGGGUUCCCGUGAAGGCGACGCAUCUGGAUGGGGUGGAUAGUUUGUUGAGUAUCGUGCAGAUGCCGAGGGGCGUGCCGACUGCUACCGUCGGGAUCAACAACUCGACUAAUGCCGCGCUGCUGGCCAUAAGGAUCCUUGGGUCGUUUAUGCCCGAGUACCAGGAGAAGAUGAAACGCUACCAGGCCGACAUGGAGGAGCAGGUCAUUGCAAAGGGGACUAAGCUGAGGGAGGUUGGGGAUGUCGAGUACCUUGCUGCGAAGGGUAAAUAAGUUGGGUUUACUCACAGGUGGGGGAAAAAAGGGAAAAGGUUGGGGCAUAAAAAUGGACGAGUGGGUGGGUUUGUCGAUUUAGAUCACGCCGAGGCCCCGAAUGAAUAUGAAUGAAGACUCGUAAGCUCCGAAGGGAUGUGUAGCGGAUCUCGCUCACUGUGUUCUGAAAAGAAAUUAUACCGAUCAAUAUGCCUCUCAUAAUCACUCCCCACAACAACUGAGAGAAAAGAA